CGAAAGAAUUUACCAUUAAACGAAUUAUGAAACGAGACACAAAUAUCUUUUUCCAAUUUCCAUCGAAUCAUUUUCUUUGAAGAGUACAAAACAUCUCAUGAGCUUUGCAGCUGCCAUUGAACCUGAGCAAAAACGAUCAAAGAUAUCUGAAAAUUUGCGACAGGAUAAAAGUAACUGCUCAACAGACGACUUUGAAAAUGCAAGUUCAAAACGAUUUUCGAAAGUUGUGACCUUAAAAACAGAUGACUCAAAGCACAUUCAUGAUUCAUUUUGCGAUAAACUUCAGAAAGCUCACAUUGAAGAAAUAGGAAACGCUCUCAAUGUUAGACGGAAAGGGAAGAGAAGAACUUUGUGUUCAUUUAAAGAAAAAAAUGACCCAAUGAAAGGAAAUGUUAAAAGUAUAAAAGAACCAUUUUCUUUAACAAGUGACAAAGAAGACAAUGGUGACGAAAUUAAGAAAGGAUGCUUACCUCGGAUGGUAUCCAGCCAAGAUUCUUUCACUGACCUUUUUGCCUCCCCAAUAACUCCAAAAAUUACUGAACAAAGCUAUGAACGAAAUGAUCUUUUACAAAAUCCGGAAUCUGAUAUUGCUAGGUUUUCUGGCUUUUUUGAUGAAGAUGAUGAUGUAACAUUAGCAAACUUGGAUCUAAGUGACAUAAUUUCCUCUCAUCAUGAUAAUGAAAGCAAGGAAGAUCAUGUAAAUAAUAUCAAGUUCCAUGGAAAAGAUUGUUGUAUUAUGGAAAAAAGGGUCACUGCUGACUCAACUCUUCAAAACUUGAACGAGCAAGGAGUAGACAUGUUUUAUGGUUUACCUCAACAAGUUGGAAACCUUAUAAAAAAGCAUAAAGGAAUUGAAAAGCUUUAUGACUGGCAAGAUGAUUGUUUGUGUUUACCUGCUUUGAAGAAUCGAAAAAAUUUGAUAUAUUCUUUACCGACAAGUGGUGGAAAAACAUUGGUGGCUGAGAUACUUAUAAUGAAAGAAUUGCUACUUCAUAACAAAGAUGCCCUCCUUGUUUUACCUUAUGUAUCCAUUGUUCAAGAAAAGGUAAGAGAUUUGUCCCUGUUUGCCGUUGAUUUGGAAUUUCUUGUAGAAGAAUAUGCUGCAAGUAAAGGAAAGUUUCCCCCUCGGAAGAGAAGAAAAAAGAAAUCUCUUUAUGUUGCAACUAUUGAAAAGGCGAAUGGCUUGGUGAACAGUUUGAUUGAGGAAAAUCGAAUAUCUGAACUGGGAUUGAUUGUUGUAGAUGAGCUUCAUAUGAUUGGCGAAGGUGGCCAUAGAGGAGCAACAUUAGAAAUGUGUCUUACCAAAGUCUUAUUUUGUUCUUGUACGACCCAAAUAGUUGGGAUGAGUGCCACGUUAAGCAACAUCUCUGAUCUUCAAAAAUUUCUGAAUGCUGAAAAAUAUAUCAAUGACUUCAGACCUGUUGAACUAAAAGAAUACAUUAAAAUUAAAGAUGAAAUUUAUGAAGUAAAGAAUGAUAUUAUUGGCCGUAAUGAAGAGAUCCCCUUAAAACGCUCACGCAAAGUGAAGCACAAGGCAACCGAUAAGAAAAUCCUCUUUAACGAUCCUGAUCAUCUUAGCGUUCUGGUGCAAGAAGUCAUUCCUAAUUAUUCCUGUUUGUUAUUUUGUCCUACUAAACAGAACUGUGAAAAUGUUGCCAAGCUACUGGCAUCAUCUCUGUCAAGAGAAUUGAAGAAAGUAAAAGUAAAAGAAAAAUGGGACUUAAUAUAUUCAUUGAAGAAUGUUACUGAUGGUAUGUGUGAUGUUUUACGUCGAGUUAUUCCUUACGGUAUUGCCUAUCAUCAUGGUGGUUUAACUAUGGAUGAAAGAAAGUUAAUUGAAGAAGCUUACGCUCGAGGAACUCUUUGUGUUUUGACAUGUACAUCAACAUUGGCUGCCGGGGUCAAUUUGCCUGCAAAAAGAGUAAUCUUGCGAAGUCCUUACGUGGGAUGGAAUGUAAUGACUCGAAGUCAGUACAAACAGAUGAUUGGUCGUGCUGGACGAGCUGGAAUUGACACAUCAGGAGAAAGUAUUAUGCUUGUGGAGGAAAAAGACAAGAAUAAGGGGUUGCAAUUGAUCAAUGCUGCUUUGGAUUCAUGUUACAGUAGUUUGUUUCAUACUGAUGGAAAAGGUUUAAGAUCUUUAGUGUUGUCAUUAAUUGGACUGAAGAUUUGUAACUCAAUAGAAAGCAUAAAUUUAUUCAUCACAAAAACUUUGUUUGCUGUUCAAAAUGAUGAUAAAAAAACGUUACUUGAGAAAGUCGAGGAAAACAUCGAAAACUUGAUAAAUAUAAAACUUAUAAAAAAGAAAGAAGUGGUCGAAAAUAAUAAAAUGGCGUUGAAUGUGGAAGCUACGCCUUUGGGAAGAGCAACAUUUAAAGGCUGUGUCGAUGUCGAUCGAAGUCCAUUUAUUUACGAUGAAAUAAAACGAGCUCAAGAAAACUUGGUAUUAACCAAUGAUCUUCAUCUUCUAUAUCUUGUUACUACUCCCGAUAUGUUUAAUGAUAUCCAACCAGAUUGGCUGACGUACCUUACUCAGGUUUCUAAAUUAAACAGUGUCGAGCAGAAGGCGUCCGAAUUCAUUGGAAUAACGGAAGGAUAUCUUUCUAGACAAGUUCUUUAUAACGGACGAAGAAAGAGUGAACACGAAGCAUCUGUUGUAAAGAGAUUUUACUUGACGUUAAUGUUAUACAAGAUUAUUAACGAACACAGUAUCUGGGAAGUGGCAAAAAAGUUUGGACAAUCUCGAGGCUUCAUCCAAAGUUUAUUUACGUCAUCGACUUCAUUUGCAUCUUGCUUGGUGCAUUUUACAAACGAACUUCCCGAGUUUCAUAAUAUCAUGCUUCUAUUGCAAACAAUCGUAGACAAGCUGUCAUACACAACAAUACUUGAACUAGUUCCGCUCAUGCAAAUACCUGGAGUGAAAAAGAAUCGUGCUAAACAGUUAUAUACGGCUGGCUACCAUAAUCUACGAACAGUUGCCAAUGCCAACCCACAAAAUUUAAUGAAAGAAAUUGAGCAUUUACACAAAACUCAAGCAAACCUUUUGGUGUCGGCUGCAAAGAUGAUUUUGCUGGAGAAGGCUGAAGCUCUACAAGAUGAGGCAGCGGAACUUAUAGGAACAACUUGAUGUACGUAAACAUCAUUUCAUGCGAAAUGCUUAUGAUCUGUUUCGAAUCAUUGGUUGUUUGUGGAAAGAUAAUGAUUUAUGGUGAAUUCAUGUUGUUAGCCAAAUGUCCUACUGGAGAACAUGAUAUUGAGGGAAGUACUAUUUAAAGGAUUUGGCUUACCUUUAGGAAAUGGAAAUGAGCGAUACCUUUCAUCAACGCAUAGAUUUUAAAAUUCAGUUUGAAUUAAUUAUAAAAUAUGUUGAUGUAAAAGUGCAACGUUAAUUUCUUUUUUCUUUAAAUUUUUCAUUACACGCGAACUGAUAAAAUGCAGAUUUUUGAAAAAAUUCAAGUGAACAAGCCUGCUUCUACGGUGAGCCAAGUACGUAUCAUUGAUCAGAACUGAACUUCUCGAUAUUCUCAAAUACUAAUUCUAAACUGCGCAAGCUUAUUUUACUCAUAUCAACAUCAGUUAUGUUAUUGUUAAAAUGUUUUGUGAAAGUAAUGAAGAAAUUCUAAAUUUACAAACCAUGACCAAACUUA